AUGUUACUGAAACAAUCAUCCCUUGAUGAAAAUUUGCCGCCGAUUCGAAGCGUUUUGCACAGGAAAAAACUAAAGGCAGUGGAUUCAAAGAAGUCAGAUAAAAUGAUUAAUGGAGAAAAGGCUGAAUGUGUACAAUCAUUCUAUCAUGAGGCUAGCGACAAGCUAGCCUUAAGUAAGACUUUGAAGGAGGUCGAUAAAUCAGAAAGUGAAGAGUCAGAAAGCGAAAGCGACGCCGAUGAGGAAGUGGAGAAUGAAAGGCGAUUGAGAUUGUCAGAAGUUAAAAAGGAUGAAGGAAAUAAAUUAUUUAAGGAAGGGAAGUACGAAGAGGCUGUGGAGAAGUACACUGCAGCUAUCUCAUUUGCCUCAGAAAACCCCCUUUUCUACACAAAUCGAGCCAUUGCUCUGUAUAAAUUGGGACGAUAUGCGUCCUCUGAAAGUGAUUGUUCAACAGCGCUGAACAUCAAUCCGAAACUUGUCAAGGGCCUCUUCAGGUAA